AUGAACCUUAGUGAGUGGGUGCUUCCCUUUCUCCAAAAGUUUUCCCCUGUUUCCUGUUUCCUCAUCGACAGAUCAGAUCUCUCUGUUAGUUUUGAAUCACUUUCAUCAUAUGAACUAAAGAAGGCAUACAGAAAGGCUGCAAUAAAGAAUCAUCCUGACAAAGGUGGUGACCCUGAGAAGUUCAAGGAAUUGUCACAAGCAUAUGAAGUUCUUAGUGAUCCAGAAAAAAGAGAGAUUUAUGAUGAAUAUGGUGAAGAUGCUUUGAAAGAGGGUAUGGGAGGUGGCGGCAGUUCAUCUGAGAGCCCAUUUGAUAUCUUUGAGCAGUUUUUUGGUGGUGGUGGUGGUUUUGGUGGUGGAUUUGGUGGUGGAGGUAGUUCAAGAAGUAGGAAGAAGCAAGGAGAAGAUGUGAAACAAGUUCUAAAGGUCUCUUUAGAAGAAGUGUAUAAUGGUGUUACAAAGAAACUCUCCCUUUCAAGGAAUAUCUUGUGCAAAAAGUGUAAAGGGAAAGGUUCGAAAAGUGGUGCUUCAUCAAGAUGCUUUGGAUGUCAAGGAUCUGGAAUGAGGGUGACAACCAGGCAAAUUGGCCCAGGAAUGAUCCAACAAAUGCAACAUGUUUGUCCUGAAUGUAGAGGCUCUGGAGAAUCGAUAAGUGAGAGAGAUAGAUGCCAACAGUGUAAAGGAAAGAAGGUGACACAGGAGAAGCGAGUGCUUGAAGUUCAUGUUGAAAAAGGAAUGCAAAAUGGUCAAAAGAUUCUUUUUCAGGGUCAAGCUGAUGAAGCUCCUGAUACAGUUACAGGAGACAUUGUAUUCAUUGUGCAACUGAAAGAACACCCAAAAUUCAAGAGAAAACAAGACGAUCUUUAUGUGGAACACAAUGUCACCUUAACUGAAGCUCUUUGUGGCUUUCAAUUUGUUCUCACUCAUCUCGAUGGAAGACAACUUCUCAUCAAAACUAACCCUGGACAAGUCAUUAAACCUGAUCAAUACAAAGGAAUCAACGACGAGGGUAUGCCACAAUACCAAAGACCAUUCAUGAAGGGCAAAUUAGUAAUUCACUUCAACGUAACCUUCCCUGAACCGGGGGCACUAACACCCGAAAAAUGCAAAAUUCUUGAGACGAUUUUACCCUCAAGCACAAGCUCAUCUUCAAUGUCAGUGGAUGAAUGUGAAGAGACGAUUUUACAUGAUGUAAAUAUGGAAGAAGAAAUGAGGAGAAAAGAACAUCAGAGACAACAAGAAGCUUAUGAUGAUGAUGAUGACGAUGAACCUGGAAUGCAACGUGUUGGGUGUAACCAGCAAUAAAAAAUAAUAUUUCACCGUUUUGGAGAGGAUUAUUAUUUAUAUGAUAUGAUAUUUUGAAGUUUUUUUUUUUUUUUUGACUGGCUGAUAUUAUUAUAUUUUUUGUUUUUAG